AUGCCGCGUCAACCUCAACCCAACGGCAGCAUGUACCCAAUGCCGCUCCCCCGCUGGGGAUUCAUCUUCUCCGUCAUGGCCAUCGCCCUUGCCGUGGCAGUGCGUCUACAGCAGCCCGUGGGCGCCGAGCCCGUCACCUACUGCUACAAGUCUGUCCGAACCCACGACGAGGAGCGAGCUUCAGCGACAUGCUUCUCCGUCCAGGGCGGCGUCUUCAGCCGCGUCUGGAGCCACGACGAGCGCACGCCGGCCAAGUCUGGGGAAUCAUCCAGCGAGACCGUCAUCAACGGCCAUGUGAUGCCCGGGCUGUGGGAUGGACACGGCCACCUCAUGGCGUAUGGCGAAUUCCUCCACUCAGUCGACCUGUUCGGCGCCAAGAGCCUCUCGGAAGCCAAGGCACGCAUCAAGGCCUACAUCAAGAAAAACCCUGGCGUUGGUACAAAAGAUCGCUGGAUACGAGGCGUAGGCUGGGAUCAGGACGUCUACGGCCGCAUGCCAACGGCUGCCGACAUUGAACAUGACCCCGACCUCAAGGGCACCUACAUGAUGCUUGAUCGCAUCGACGUUCACUGCAUAUGGGUGUCGCAAUCCGUUCUGGACCUCCUCCCACCUGACAUACCCGAUAUCCCCGGCGGCGAAAUCAUCCGCGAACCGGGCAUGGGCGUCUUCUGCGACAACGCAAUGGACUACGUGGUAAAGCUUUGGCCCAAGCCCGACGCCAAAAGCAAAGCUGCCGCCGUGAAAACAGCCAUAUCUAAGCUCAACCAAGUCGGGCUAGUGGGCAUGCACGACGCCAGUUCACUACCCGAUGAUAUCAGCAUAUACCGUGACAUGGCCAGCUCGGACGACUGGACACUCCGAGUCUACGGCAUGUACGAAUGCCGCCAAAGGAACACCUUCUGCCCUUCAGAAACCACGCAAAUCGAAAGAGAUGACUCGAAGUUCACCGUCAAAAGCGUCAAACUCUUCGCCGAUGGUGCCCUCGGAAGCUGGGGUUCUGCCAUGAUAUCCCCGUACGCCGACCAUUCGUGGACAUCCGGCUCCCUCCUGGUGAACGCGAGCGCGCUCACGACGCUCACCAAGUCCUGGGCCGCAGCCGGCUACCAAGUCAACAUCCAUGCAAUAGGUGAUCUCGCCAACCGCAACGCCAUAGACGCCUUCGUUGAAGCCCUGAAACAGCAAUGCCCCCUGGCCACCACAGACGCCGACCUGGCCGCCUGCCAGCGCGCUCAUCGCUUCCGCAUCGAGCACGCCCAAAUCAUCCACCCCGAUGACCAGGCCCGCAUGCACUCACUCGGCAUCAUCCCGUCCAUCCAACCAACCCACGCCACGUCGGACAUGAAGUACGCCCUGGAUAGACUCGGUCCUGAGCGCACUGACAACGAGGCCUAUCGCAUGCGGUCUGUGCUUGACAUUCAUCCCAUACUUGGGAGCGAUUUUCCUGUGGAGCCGCCAAAUCCGUUUCAUGGCAUUUAUGCCGCGGUGUCUCGAAAAAACCCCGACACGGGGCUUGGCGUGAAUGGUUCGCAUCAAGGCUGGCACACGGAUGAGGCGCUCAGCCUCGAUCAGGCCCUGUGGGGGUUCACUGGUGCGACAGCAUACGGAGCCUUUUUGGAAGGGAGGGCAGGCCUGAUUAAAGAGGGCGCCUUUGCUGAUUGGCUUGUUUUGGACGAACCAAUCGGGGCCUUGGACAUUGAGAAGUUGCGUACCCUCCAAGUCAGGGAGACUUGGGUUGCUGGAAAGAAAGUAUACGCAAGAGAUGGAUAG